GCAAGAUAGGCCUGGCCGCCUGAAUGUCCGGUUCGCUGAGCGACCGGGUCCGGAGACGCUGAUCGCUUGCUGGAGCCUGAAGCCAUCUCCUUGUCGCUUUACUGCAACAGAACAGACGGACGGACGGACGAUCUACCCUUCCUCUUCCCCUUCUUCCCACUGCGCCGUCCUCUUCAGCUUGUACGUCCGUACAUUCAGCCUCCUCUCCAAUACAUCUCCGCCGCAGUCUCCGUCGCUCUCACCAAUCUCUCACCGUCGGCUCGAUUUGUAUCCCCCAUCCGCUCGCAUACGCAGGUUUGCUAUCCCCUGCGGCGGCUCCAAUCAUGGAGACUGCCGACGUGUUCUUGGGACUCCACGACUUCCUGGAGCGCAUGCGCCAGCCCUCCGCCGCAGACAUCGUUAAGUCCAUCAAAAGGGAGGAUAAAAGCUCUACACCAGAAGUUGACUAGCGAAUGCAGUACAGAUCGGAUUAACUGAAGCCUCCUAGCAUAAGAGAGCUUUUUUGUAGCCCAACCAGCCAAUCUGUGAACUACUUUAUCAAUCAUACGCUUUCAUUGCCGCAUGAUUGUUUCAUCGUGUCAUUUUCCAACAAUGCUCCAGAUCCAGAGAGGGACAGUGCUGCUGUUCAGGGGUUCUUCAACAAUAUAGAAGCAACAUUCAGGGCUCAUCCCCUUUGGACUGGUUGCUCGGAGGAGGAUCUGGAGAGUGCUGGUGAGGGAUUGGAGAAGUAUGUCAUGACAAAGUUGUACACCCAUGUAUUUGCAUCAGCUCCAGAUGAUGUCAAAAUUGAUGAGCAGUUAUCUGAGAAAAUGGCUUUGGUUCAACAAUUUGUUCAGCCAGAAAAUCUCGAUAUAAAGCCAACCUUUCGAAAUGAGACGUCGUGGCUGCUUGCACAGAAAGAACUCCAAAAGAUUAAUAUGUGCAAGGCACCAAGAGACAAGCUUGUAUGCAUCCUCAAUUGCUGCAAGGUUAUCAAUAACUUACUACAUAAUGCUGCAAUUGCAUCGGAUGAGAAUCCACCUGGAGCUGAUGAGUUUCUUCCUGUUCUUAUUUAUGUCACAAUCAAGGCAAACCCUCCACAGCUGCACUCGAACUUACUAUACAUUCAACGAUAUAGGAGGCAGUCCCGAUUAGUGGCGGAAGCAGCCUAUUUCUUCACGAACAUGCUCUCUGCAGAGUCUUUCAUCUCAAAUAUUGAUGCAAAAGCACUGUCUAUGGACGAAACUGAGUUCGAGAAGAAUAUGGAAUCUGCUCAGGCACUUUUAUCUGGGCUUUCAACUGAUUUUGAUGGUUUCUCAGUUCAGACUGAUGAAAGUGCAGCACCUGUUCCCUGUGCGGAAGAAGAAAAGCCCAGACACAGACCUCGAAAUGUUAACAAGGGAACUGUAUUGCCACCCAAACCACCUCAGACGGAAACCAGGACUGAGAAGGCACCUGUUACAAAUGAGCAAGAAUCGAUACUGAAAGUACCCUCUCUGUCAGAUUUGGAGAAUAAAGGAGCUGAUAUGCUAUUAAAGGAGGAUCGGACCAGCAAAAUCUUCGAGGAGUACCCUUACUUCUUUGCCCAUGCUGGUGAUCUGACAAUAAACGAGGUGGAAGAUUUGCUUACAAAUUACAAACAGAUAGUCUUAAAGUAUAUCUGUCUCUCCAAAGGAAUGGGUGGUCCUGUUUCUUCUCCAAAUUCUCAUAAGCAGGCCAUGGAUCAUGCUGAAACCGUCAAUGAGCAUGUUGAAACUGUUAAGGAAGCUGUAGACACGGGAAAAGCAGAGAUGAAUGAGGAGUCCGAGAGUUCUUCUGCAGAACAGACUGCUGAUAAACCCUUUCCCUUUGAAGAAGGAGCUUUUGAUUUCCAUUCAUCGCGUGAUGAAGCAGUUGUACUGAAGAGUGAAACAGCGGAAGAGACAAGCCAGUGAUAGCUUCCGUUCUUUUUCUGUCUGGUUAGCUUGCUCGCGGGGUGAAUAAUUUGGGAAUGGGGGAUGAAGGUCUACCACCUCUUGUACAGGAAACAUGCUAGAGGCUCGUUGUAGAAUAGAGAUGGAUCCUUAUAGUCAGCCCAAGUUAUCGUCGGAAGAACCUCAUCAGAUGGAAUGGAUGUUUGGUUCAUUGGUGUCAACAAGCUGGUUUGCCUGGAAAGUACCUGUGAUACCAUAUUCUUACAACUUUAGCAACUUAAAUUUGCAGCAUGACCAGGAGGGAGAAUUUGACCGAGCUGUAUCACUUCGCGGCAUCACCUGUCAUCUUGGUUCUUAUAUCGUAGAGCAUUUGCUUUGAUCCGCCAAUUUCUUAAGUGAUCCAAGUACAAACCGAGUACACAUUGAUGUGGAGAGGUUUGUACGCAUUGAUGUGGAGGAUUGAGUUUCAAAUUCCUUAAUCACUAUGUGUUCAAGCUGUCAAUUCUUUUUGGCUUGAACCUAUGUUGGAUUAUUAAUCUAGUCAGUUGAGCAUUUUGCUUGAACACAUAGUCGGAUGGCUCCCUUUCCUUUUCCUUUUGUGAAAAUCAAUGUACUGAUUUUGAACUUCUAUCA